AUGGCAAAUGCAACACCUAACACUCCUCAACUCUACAAGGCUGUUUCGACCAACAACAUUGAUUUACUUCGCCAACUUUCAACAGAUAGUGAUUUGGAGAUUUCUCUUUUUGAGCAGCGAACAUCUCGAGGAGAUACACUCCUUCAUAUUGCAAAACUUGUUGAAAAAAGGAACUCCGCAAGCAAUCUCCCUCUCCAUGUUUCUGCCGAUUCUGGGCACCUUUCCACACUUGAAAUUUUGCUCGUCUUUGGAAAAAAGAAAGAUCCAAAAGUGACACAUUAUGUGAAUAGGGAAGGAAAAUCUCCUUUGUAUAUGGCUGUUGAAGCUAGUUACAUGGAGCUUUUUAAGCCCAUGAUGGAGGAUCAAGAUGGAAAUAACCCUGAUGAUCUUAUGAAACAAAAAGUUGUCCAUGUUUGCAUUGAUGGAAAGAAUGGAGCUGAUGAAAAUGGCUUCUUUCUGAUUCACAUGGCAUCUAGUAAAGGUCAUAUAGAUAUAAUCGAAGAGUUUCUGCAGCAUUGUCCCUAUUCAAGAGAGCUGAACAAUAAUCAAAAUCAGAAUAUUCUUCAUCUAGUCGCAAAGAAUGGAAGAGCCAAAGCAACAGAGACAAAAUACGUGGAAUUUUACAAGGAUAGAGUUAAUACUCUUCUAUUAGAUGCAACGCUUAUUGUCACCGUAACUUUCGCUACCGGAUUCUCAGUGCCCGGCAACCAUGAUGAUAGCUCAGAGCCAAGCCAUGGAAUAAUGAGAAACUCAGUCUACAACAAAUUCAUGUUGCAUACAUGCAUAAUCAGCAACUACGUUGCUUUUUAUAGCUCCCCUACAGCUGCUGUUGCCAUAAUUUGGUCACAAUUGGGUGAUCUUAAUUUGGCAAUUACCUCCCUUAGAUUCGCGGUACCAUUGUUGGGAUUAGCUCUGACCAUGGUCUCGAUAGCAUUCAUGGUAGGAGUUUAUCAGGUAGUGAGCAAAAACAUAGGGUUUGCCAUUUUUAUCUUAGUCAUGGGCUUGAUUGGCGUCCUUGCUGUGUCACUGCUAUUUGCUCCACUUUUUUUCCCAAGUUCCUCACUCCAUCGCAUUACACGCUACAUUUUAUAUUAUCCCUUCCAUUUGUUGGUAAUAGUUACAAGGAGUGAUAUUGUUGAUGACAAUAAUAUAAUCUAA